AUGUCCACAGAAGAAGAUCUUCAACGAAAGCUUGAGCGGCUUGAGCAAGCAUGUGAGCAGGCCCGACGCAACGAGGAGCAGGCCCGACGCAACGAGGAGCAGGCCCGACGCAACGAGGAGCAGGCCCGACGCGAGAAUGAGCAGCUACAGAAUUUCCGACGCGACACAACCCUGGAGGAAUAUCUUACAGCCUGCCAGGAGCAUAUCUUGUCUAAGGUCCAUCUCGUCACUGAUGGCUACCUUACAACCAGGGCUCCUUCUACUAGCCCUACCCGGAAGAACUGCCCGCUCCUUCUUAAGCCUUGGGCCGACUUCUUGUCGAUACAAGCCGACAUGAUCGAGCGAAUCGAUCGCAUCAUCCCGCGCCAUGAACAGCUAUUCGAGAGUGUGGAUUUCCUCGAGCGCAUGGGCAAGCGUAUAAGUGAACUUCGGGUAAAGGAUGAAGCUUCCCUUGUCACCGUCCAGCACAACACCAUGGAGGUUCCUAUACGAAUCAUCCUAUCCAGGCUCUACGAUUUUCGUCAUCAAGACAAUAGUCUUACUAUCCCUAAAGGAGUAGACUUCCAGACAACAGUAAGCAACCUCCGCGGCCCGACUGAUACGAGAGAUACCGUAAAGAGAGACGCAAAGCUACGAACGGAUCAGAUCUGCGUGUUUCGAAAUUCCACCCAGCGCGACAUUGCAUAUAUUAUCGAAUAUAAAGCACCUCAUAAACUCCACACCCAACACCUCGAGCAGGGUCUACGACGGAUGAACAUUGUCGAUGAGGUUGUUAAUAAAGAAACGAUACCGACCGCAAAGGCCGAAAAAUUCAAGCACUACGCGGAACGUCUCACCGCAGCGGCCAUAACGCAGACAUAUCAUUACAUGCUCGGCGCCGGGCUAGAAUACGGUUACUUAACCAACGGCGACGCAAUCGUCUUUCUCAAGAUUGACUGGACUGAUCCAACAGUACUCCACUAUCAUCUAGCACGGCCACUACGUGAGGUUAUAGAAAACGAAGACGCCACUUAUAGCAAUUCUAUCUGCCAAGUCCUCGCAUUUACUAUGCUCGCACUUCAAUCAGGACAGCAUGGGGUCGAUAAACGGUCGGAUGCGGCGAAGAGGUGUGGGAAAUGGAUUGUCGAUUUCGGGCUCACACUGGACGAGGCUGCCGAGGAGGAGGAGGCCGCGGCUGACGCCACGACGUCCAGAAGUAGGAAGCACCGCCGUUCACUGGGCAGCUCUGACUGGCUGCCGACCCCGGUCAAAAAGUUCAGGCGGAAGCCGCGGCGGGAAUCCCCGCCUAGCCACUCAGACCGGGUGCUCCGGAGCAGCAGCAGACGCGAUGGGCCUGGAGGAGGGGCAGGCUUUGGCGGGAGCGGAGAUGUCGGGGGCGGCGGCGGCGGUGGUGGCGCCGGUAGGCCAGGCGCUGCUUCCCAGGAAGGCAGCACUGCCGACCAGGGGUCGUCACGCCCAAAAUCUGCCGGCGGUGGCGAUGAGCAGGAGAGACGGAGGGAGUACUGCACAGCGUCAUGUCUCCUAUCCCUUGUGGGUGGCCAGCCGCUAGACACCGAGUGCCCCAAUGUGGCCUUGCACCGCGACGGGGCGCAGGGCGAAGACGGACACGCUAUCUCAUAUUCUCAGUUCAUGGACCUAUUGCGGCAGCAGCUUUCCCGGAGUCUGGAGAAGGGGGUGGCGGUGCUUGGCAUAGAAGGUGCCUGCGGUGCCCUAUUCCAGAUGACGCUGCUACAGUUCGGCUACACCUUCGUCGCCAAGGGUUUUACCGGGGAGCGCCUACGGGAGCUAGAGCAUGAGACGGCCAUCUACCGGAAGCUGCAGCCUCUGCAGGGCCGCGGUAUACCUGCGUGGCUAGGCUCCGUCGAUCUCCAGCCGCUAGACCAGGUCUACUUCUACGAUUUCGACGUAGAACUCGUGCACUUCCUCUUGCUGUCCUACGGAGGCACCGAGAUCACGACAGGCAGGGAAGAGUCUAGGAGGCGGAUCAUCGACACGGUCACGAAUAUUCUCGGUGAGAUGCACAGCUUAGGGGUAGUUCACGGGGAUGUUCGAAGGCCGAAUGUGCUGCAGGGCCCCGACGGACAGAUCAAUGUGGUCGACUUUGACCGCGCCAAGUUUCUACCAGCCAAAAGGCGAGAUACUACCCUCAGCGCAAUCUCGCCCAACAAACGGAGGCGGCUUGCAGGGUCGGACGGAGAAGCAGAAGCUUCCCCACCGGCGAAGAAAAAGCCGCUCCUCGGCCUCGCAAUCCAGCAUGCAAUCCAGCAAGACAAUAGCAAUGCGCAGAGCCUCUUCACUCUCGAUUGCGGUAGGAUCAUCAUGGGGGAACUCGAUAGUGACAGUAUGUGA